AGCGUGCCAUAGUGAUGCCCCAACUGUCUCUGCAUCAAACUUUUACUGUUGCUUCUCAGUUUCAGUUUCACACCUAUAAAUACCUUCAACUUUUGCCAGUAAUGAAACCUCACCACAAAAACAUCUAACUACCCCAAAUACGACACUCAAUUUCUCUUCAAAAAACAUGGUUUGUUUCUGUUUUCUAGUUGAUCAAACAAAGCAGGUGUGCAAGAGCAAACCGGCGGCUGGAACAUGUUCCCGGUGCGGUGGUGGAGCAAGUGUUGCUGAUAUGAAAACUGCUACUAGGUUCUGCUUUGUACCUUUCUAUUGGAAAAACUGGAAAGCUAUUGUCUGUACAUUCUGUGGUGCCAUUCUUCGCUCUUACCGAUGAAAUUAAUAUCGUGUUUGAGAACGAGACGUAGUUUCUUAUAUCAUCUUGGACAAUCAUCCACUCACGAACUAGGCUGAGGUCCAUUUUACUAAUUAAAAUAUAGUGUGUGUUGCAGCUUCUUCUCAACAGGCUGGAUGAGUAAUUUUUGUGCUAGUUUUUUUUUCCUCAUUUUUCUUCUUAAUUAUUCUUUUUCCCCUAGGCGUUUAUUUUUUAAUUUAUUACAUGAUGAUUUAGAUAUUAUUUUAAGAAGAAAAUGUACUAACAGCUUCUAUUGUAAAUAUAUUCAGAAAUAUUUGGAUCUCUAUAAUUCUUCUUUCGUUUUCUCC